CACUUCCACUCAUUUCCCGCCAGCUGCCUGUCACAGUGAAUGGAUGUUGUGUGCAGCUUAGCCAGCUGGUAGCUUUCGGCAAUGUUGUUAUCAGGAUGAUAUCGCAGCGGGACAUUGGGGAUUUUGCUCGUUUUUAUACAGUCACGGACCCCACCAAGCACCAGAAAGGCUACACGGUGUACAAAGUCACCGCGACGGUCGUUUCUCGGAAGAACCCCGAGGACGUCCAGGAGAUAACGGUAUGGAAAAGGUACAGUGAUUUCCGCAAACUCCAUCACAACCUGUGGCAGCUGCACAGGAAUGUUUGUAGGCAGUCGGAACUCUUUCCUCCCUUUGCCAAGGCCAAAGUGUUUGGUCGUUUUGAUGACUCGGUGAUUGAAGAACGGAGACAGUGCUCGGAGGACCUGCUGCAGUUCUCUGCUAACAUUCCCGCUCUGUACAGCAGUCAGCACAUACAGGACUUCUUCAAGGGAGGGGAGGUCCACGACGGCUCGGAGCUCAUCGGACCGGCCGAGCCCUUCUCCGACUUCCUGGCUGACAGUUUGUCCGACUGCAGCUCGGAUGUUCAAAGAGACAACAGCGGGGUAGAAGAUUUGACCAUCACGUCAGAGUAUGGAGGCCCGUCCAGUGACAGCGACUUGACCUCCUUGGCCGUGGACACAGACUCUUUGGCUGAGCUGGACGAUGGCAUGGCCUCAGGCCGCACCUCCCCAAACCAGCCACAAGGGGGAGCCGCCAGCAUUAGCAGCAACAGCAGCAGUCCUCGCUUGCCCUCUCUGCACGAUUCCCCCAAGUCAGAGGUCAGCCGGCCCGGCCGAAGGUCCCUUUUCUCCAAGAAGAAGAUCCAAGACUCCAAGGAGAAGGUGAAGUCGGACUACCUGGACAAAGCCGGCGAACUCAUUCGCGUCGCCGCGCAGAAGGAGAAAGAUCAGGACUAUCAGGCGGCGUUUUCCUUCUAUCGAAGUGGAGUGGACCUUCUGCUGCAAGGUGUCCAAGGCGAGCCAAGCCCCAAGCGGCGAGAGGCAGUGAAGAAGAAGACGGCCGAGUACCUGAUGCGUGCGGAGCAGAUUUCCAGCCAGCAUCUUCGCAGCAACAUGGGUCAAGGGUCAACACAGACAGUAAUGAUAGGAGCGCAGUGUUGUGCUUCCGCCAGCAGAGGGAGCCAGGACAGCCCCUCUGAGGAUCUCGGCGUCUACAGGGUGUUGGGCGUCAUCGAUAAGGUCCUCUUGGUCAUGGACAAGAGAACACGGGAGACGUUCGUCGUCAAAGGAUUAAGGAAAAGCAGCGACUGCGCUCGAAUCAAGAAGACCAUCAUGCCCCGUUUCGUGCCCCACAUGGUGCAGCUGAAGAAGCUCGUCGACUCCGAGGACACCGUCUUCCUUUUGCUGCAGCACGCCGAGGGUGGAAAACUGUGGUCUCACAUUGGAAAAUACCUGCGGAAUUCCAGUCCGGACGAAAGUUUCGACAUUCCUUUCAUCCAGAAGAGCCACACAUCGGCCGUCCACUCCCCCCAGUACCCUGCACCGCACCUGGGUGUGUGUUCGGCAGCCAGUUCUGGCUCAGCGCCCGUCGCCGGUCCCGAUUCUGUGGCAGCGCUUCAAAAGGAUGCCGCUGCGUCUCCGCGCAAAAGCAAGCUCUUCGCCAGGCUGCGCAAAAACGUGGCAGGCCAGUCGGAUUCCGGGGCCACCUCUCAGGAGGAGUGCACCAACAGUUACUUGACGCUUUGCAACGAGUACGAGCAAGAGAAAGUAGAGCCGGAUGAGCUCGAGGAGGAGGAGGAGGAGGAAGUGAGGAGCGAACAGGAAGUGUCGUUGGACGUGCCCACCGCGUCCUCGCGGAGCCGCUCGCUGCUCAGUAACGACAGCUUGUCGCCUGUCAGCUGUCAGGAACUUGGCUUCUUCACAGACUCGUCCGACAAAAAUGGCCAGCAGCAGCAUGACGGCGACGGACAGAACCACGGCGAGGUCUUCAGCGCGCCGCCGUCCCUCGAUCAGUCCAAGCACCCGCCCAUGGAGUUUUUCCGCAUCGACAGCAAAGACAGCGCCAGUGAGGUGACCUGCCUCGAUUGGGCGGAGCAGGCCCCCGCUCAUAAACAGCCCCCUUUCUUUUUCACGUCCGAGGCUUUGGAGGACCUUCCGGAGCUGGCUCAGGAGGUCAAGGGCCACGGUGCGCAUCUUUGGGGGCUAGACUGCAGCGAUAAAGGCUCCAAUGAGUCCGUGCCGGUCAUUUCUUUUAAAGAGGCGGUCGUGGAGGACGAGGGUCACCCGCCAGACCUUUUGGUCAAUCUCCCCGUAAUCAGCGGGGUUGUAGACUCUCAGCAAGAGGAGUUAGAAAGUUCUAUGGCGUGUCUGGGCCUUGAAGCCCCGACCUCGCCUCAAAGGUCGAUCCAGCCCGACGUUUUACAGCUCCCCAUCCAGCCGGAGGGAGAGGAGGAGCAACAACCUUCAUCUCUGAGUGCGACAGAUGCGUCUUCAUCUGCUUCGACCUCCUUCCGGGAUGACUGCGGCUCCACUUUUGGACACAAAGACGCAGGGAAAGUGCCGGUUGAACCUUCAUGCCAAAAUAACAACCCCUCGCUCGAAGCCGACCUUCCAGUCGCAGACUCGCUUAGUGAGGAAUGUCCAACAGGAGACACGGAUAUGAUUUCCAACCCGAGUGAACCUCAGGCCUGUGCCACAGUGAUGAAAUCGCAAGACGUCGACGUAAACACGUCGCCUGUUCCAAACCGAGAUGGUGAGGACUUUGAUCAAAAGGUAUCGCGGCUCUUCGCCGAGCUGGACGAGCUGUCACUGAGCGCAUCCCAGGCUCGCAUCCCGGAGGCGUUUGUCCAGUGCUGGGCGGUAGAGAUGGUGACGGCGCUGGAUUCUCUGCACCAAGAGGGGAUCAUCUGUAGAGACCUCAACCCCAACAACAUCCUGCUAGAUCACCAAGGGCAUGUUCAGCUCACUUACUUCUGCAGCUGGAGUGACGUGGAGGAGUCCUGGGACAAAGAGGCCUGCGCUAAUAUGUACGCCGCACCAGAGGUGGGAAGCAUCAGCGAGGAGACAGACGCGUGCGACUGGUGGAGUUUGGGCGCCAUCCUGUAUGAGCUUCUGACAGGCACGUCGCUGCUCCGCUGCCAUCCAGCAGGGAUCGGACGCCACACGGCUCUCAGCAUCCCUGAAUCGGUGUCGGAGGAGGCCAGAUCCUUACUGGAGCAGUUGCUCCAGUACAACCCCACAGAGAGGCUCGGCGCAGGAGUGGGCGGUGUGGACGACAUCAGAUCGCACCCCUUCUUUGCCAAAGUGCAGUGGCCCAAGUAGGCGCCGCUCCCAGAGAUGCAUGCUGGGAAAUCUGGCUGUAACCGCAGGUAGCUAGCACAGAAACCGAGGGAAUUUUUUUUGUUUUGUUUUUUUGCCAAAGUGCAGCGUUGUACCUUGACCUUGUUCAUGUACCUUUGCUGU